ACUUUCCCAUACCCACCACUAAAUGCCAGAUGAAGGUUUGCGCAGGGACAGCAGCUUCUACUGCAGUUUUGUGAGUAAUGCUGUCUUUAUUACUGCUCCUCAAAUGUGAGGAAGAAGAAAAUGCUCUACAAGUCUGGAUGGAAGGACAAAUAUGAGCAAGCAUUUAAAAUCCUCAAAGAAGAACUUGCAGAUUUCCAAUGUUCAUGCUCUCAAGUUUGAUCUAGAGAAGUGUUCAGGUGGAUGAAGAAAGGCAGAACAUCCUAUCUGCUAGCAGUCAGCUCGUUCUCAGCCCGGAUUCCCAGGUUGAUUGCUGUUCUCCCAGCCCAAUUUGCAUCCUUGUGGAAUUAUAAAGAAGAUAGUAGCUACCUGAGUGUGCAUCUUAUGACAUCCUCAGAACCUAUGAGGCCAAAGUUUGUCUCAGAAUUAUUGUGUAUCUCCUAAGCCGAACAAGCUAUUAAGUCUGGUUAAGAAGGUGGAAACUGUGAAGCACAUAACAGCUGAGUUGGGAAUGGUGGUAGAGGUGGUAGGGAAGCUGUAGAACUCACAACUAGCCCAGUGCACUGAGGCCCAAGUGUGAGCAAGGAGCUACAGAUGGAAUGCAGCUCCUAAUCAGUGUUUCCAAACUAGCAAUACCCUUUAGGGACCACAGAUUACCCUAGGUGGGGUGCAGAACCGAGAAAAUCAGCCAUUCUCCCUAAUGCCUUCUCCCUUGCAGCUGUGGGUAAAGCAUCAAGUGACUACCUGAAAGUCUCCUGCCUUCCAUCCCUGCUCCUACAGAAGCCCCUAAUGCAGCCAGCCACAGGAGCAGCUCACAGGUACUCGGUUGCAGGCUUAUAUAGCACAGCAGCCGUCAGUUUGAGCCCUCUGUUCCUGUAGCACUCAGCUCAGCCGCCAGGGCAUAUGUGAUCUAGCCCAAUGCUGCCACCAACAGAUGCUCCAAAUCCCAGUGGUGUGUAACCUUCUGCUAUGCAGGAAACCGGGAGGGUUCUUGCACUUCACAGCUGCAGCUGUUCUACACUGACCACAGAAGGACCAGGGGUUGCUCACUGAUCAGGACUCAACCAAUAAGAUGGACAGAUAUCCUUUCUUCGUGUUUGUGUUGUGUGGGGUAUUUUUGCCAAGAAUCCUUUGUUUUCCACAUGAAAACUCUACAAUAGAUUGUGAUACUAUGCUACCGCACCAUGGAGGUGAACCACAAAAAUCCACUCCACCAUAUGUUAUUGCUGUAUCUUUUGAUAAAUAUGAUCCAGGAAACGAAAUCCAAGUGACUCUAGAGGGAACUGCAGAGCGUGGUUUUCAAGGAUUUCAUCUACAGGCUCGAGAACUUGAAGGAGAUACUCCUGUUGGUUCCUUUAAAAUUACAGAUCCAAGCACGCAAGCCCUUGCAUGUCAUAAUGUUUCGAAUUCAGCAGUAAGCCACACAAAUUCAGAGGUGAAGCACAAAGUUACAACAACUUGGAUUGCACCUUCGGACACCAAGAGUAUUCAAUUUAGAGCAACAUUUGUUCAAGAUUCAAAGAACUUCUGGGUUGGAGUUCUCAGCAAAACUGUCACUCCUAGACCUUCUCAGUCAGCCAAUGUCACAGAAAGAAGGAAUAAGAAGAAGGCUUCACGGAUUGUGAUUGAGAUGGAAUGUACCAAGAAAGGAGGAACUUACUCAAGUAGUGGUGGAUGUAUUCAGGGUGAAUCCUCUGGUUCCUCUCAGACCAGCUAUUCUAUUGGUCAGGUUGGAGUCAUUCCUCCAGGAGGCAGCCAGCGUGGAUGUGUCUCAGGCACUGGCGGCAUAUACAGCAAAUAUGGUUGUAAAGAUACUGCUGUCUCAAUUAACACCGGCAUGUCCUAUGGCCAGUCUGUCUCCACAGGCAGUGGUGUUAAAAAGCCAGUGUCCUAUCCUGAAAGCAACCCCUACCCACCUGUGCGUGAAACUUUCCCAUCGAUCUUGGCCAAUUCUGGACAUGGCGUCAGCAGCAUUAUCUAUUCACAAGGUGGACAGAGAGUCAAUCCUUGUGAUAAAAGUUCAUCCUCCUACAACAUCAUUAUCUGUAAACUGAGACAAUCUUCUACCUCACAGAACAGCAAUACCCAAGUCCAAGGUCAGUCCACUUUCUCACUGGGCAGCCAACAGGAUGGAUCGGCUUCCUCCGGUGUCAGUACGGGUUGUGGAGAGGGUACUUCAUACGACAGCAAUCCCUGCCACCAGGGUUCACAAAGUAAUUCAGGCAGCAGUAACCGUGAUUGUGAUCAGAGUUCAUCCAAUUGUGCAGGCAACAAGGUUAUCGUUGCCCGGGAUACAUCUCGUGCUCUAAGCAGAAGCAGUUACAAUGGACAGAAUGAAUCCUCUAGCACAAACAGCAGUAGUGCCAAUGUCCAGGGUGGAGCAUUUAUCUCAUUGAACAACACUUCCAGUGGCCAGGGAUUACCUUCAGGAGGAAAGCAGUCUGGUGGAGACGGCUCACAUUCCUCAGACGGUGGCCAAAUAAGCUCUGCUGGGAAACAGUCCAGCCCUAGCCUUUUGCUGCUAUUCAGUGUUUUGAGUGCCUUUGCCACCUCUUCAGUUGUGCCCAAGUGGUUUAUAUGAACAUCUGAAUACGUGACUGGAGACCACGAAGUGUAUUCUGUAAUAACAGAUUAAUUUUUUGUACAAAAUUCUAAUCAAAGUUGAAUAUAUAAUUUGUCGGUUUGUUGUAAUGUCAUUAUGUAGGGCUAAUAUGCCACGCUUUUGAUUAGUUCUACCUUUUUUAGUUUACAGUAUAUGCUGGUUUAUUUUUCAGUAUUUUAGGCAUCAUUUGAAAAGGAGAUAUUGUGCCCUAACUAUAUGAAUUUUUAUUUCUAACUGACAUGAUGAAUACCUGAUUUGAAUCUGAUCUAGUUGUGAAUCCAACCACUCAGAAGAUAUCUGGAACCACAUGACUAUUAACCCAGGGAAAAAUUAACAGCAGAUUGUCAUGUGUGCAAGCUGAAGGCUCUCACUUGUCAUUACGUAAAAUAAAGCCAAUCCUGUAAUUUUUUUAUAAAAAAGCCUCAAUGGAACAGAAAAGCAGUGUUGGAAUAUUACUCUUAAUCUAUUAUAGUAAUUAAAUUAGAGUGAAGUGUAAAUCUUGCAAUACAGAAAUUUCUUAUUGCAGUGAAACUUUUGGAUAUUCCACCUCUUCCAUAAAACGCCACUGAAGGCAGACAUUCUAAUACUUAGAAUAGAUCACCAUGUGUCUCGACCAGCGGUUUUCAACCUUUUUUCACCUUUGGAAAUCUUAGACAUAGUCUGUGGACCACAGGUUGAAAACCACAGAUCUAGGUACACUCCACCUAGAGCUUUAGUAGGGAGUGUAGCCCAGAAGAGGCUCUGGAGGGCUAAUAACCUUGGAACUGAUGAAAACCACCCACUCUGGGAAUGUUUGAGAAUUACUCCGGCUACUGAAACUGCUAGUAUCUCUGUAUCAGCUCUCUUUCAGCAAGUAUUUUGCCUAAACUACAAGACCUGAUUUAUUGUCAAAUUUAAUUUCAAGAAUGAUAUUGAGAUCCAUAAAAUAGUAUCGCUGUGCAGCAGACAUAGUCCCAGAGAAACAUCAUCUUUGACUGGUAAGGAUUUCAAGGAAACAAAGUUUCACAUAUAGCAUCUUUUAACAGUGUUUUCCCUUGGAGAUCUAUUCAGAAGUGUUGCCUUUGAAAGGCUGGAUAUGUAAUCUGGGAAGAUGCAGAUUACCCCCAGAAAAUGCAAAUGCUAAUAGUUUUAAAAUGUAACCUGUUCAUACUCCCUUUCAAUCAAUAAAUUCCUAGCAGCAGGUAAAUGGUGUUUAAUAAAUUACAUCUUUAUCGUAUAGUAUUGUCUCUAACAGAUGUGUACAACUGUCAUUGUUCUACUAGCAUGGUAUGUUUUAAGAUAGGUCAAAUGUUAACCAAGUGCACCUAAAACACUUUAAAAAAAAAUCACACAACUUCUAUAGGUAUUGGAUUGUAGUCCUAAAGCACUUAAAACUAUAUUCACACUGUAAACCUCCUGGGGUAGGUACAUGGAUGAAAUCCUGUCCCCAUUGAAAUUGAUGGGAAUUUUGACAUUGACUUCAAUAGGGCCAGGAUUUCACUCAUUGCUGUUUUUUUCCCCUAUGUUCUAUACAGAGCACACUGUCAGCACUCCAUAAAUUCUUAAUAUUCUCAAACCAAAUCCUGAAGUCAUUACUUAUUCAAAAUGAGUUUUGCUUGAAUAAGAACUCCCAGAUUUGACCCAUCAUGCUUAUCUUUAAAACAGAUUAAUAUAUACAAUAAAAUAGCGAUCUAAAAUACAAUAUGCUGUGUAGUGUUCAUUUGCAUAACUUUAUUGAAGCAGGGCAAUAUCUAUCAUUGGGUCCAUACAAUGUCUUGCCAUUCAUCACUUUUCUGAGGUAUAAAAAAAUUAGUUUUUAAACUGUUUUUGGCAUAAUACUGGUGUGCAGUUUUAUGUGAGUUUCAUAACACACCAUAACUAAGUGUGGGGGAGUGAAAAUGCAAGGAUUAUAGGUGUAAAUAAUGUGGACCUGAGAAUUAUGAGUUUGGGUGAAGUGAUGUUUGAGAGAAAAAUACCACCAUUUUCCCUUAUUACAAGUUGUGUUUUUGUUUUUGUUUUUUUUUUAAAGUAUUCACUGUAUGUCUUUGUCUCUAAAUCAAUAGGAGGAACAAAGGUAACAUGGGAUAGUUGGAAUGAAUCUUUUCAGUGAAUUAAUAAGAGAAAAAGAGGCUUUAUAUGUAAUAUUGUUUUUUUCCUUAUUCUAAUAAAACUUGUUCAACUAUUAGAAA